CCCUGUCCACUAAAAUUGUAUUUUGCUGCAGCUUUGGUCUGGGAUAUGUGGACUGCCCCCUCCAAAUGUCCCUCUUCCCCUCUGCCCUGUUCUGCUCUGUCCCCAUCUCCACCCCUCACCCCUACAUGUACUUCCAGCCCACCCCUUCCCCAGUCUCUCUCCACCCUUCACCCCUCCCCAUCCCGCCCCUGCCCCAUCCCUCACUCCUCCCACCGCCCAGGUGUGACUCCCUGCAGCAGGACAUGGGAGCCCGGACUCGUGGGGAUAGUGCGGCCCUCGCAGCAGGACAACACCCAAAGAAAACAGCCCUGCCAGCAGCAGCACCACACAGCAACCCUAACAGCGAGAGCACACCGGAACGCUCCCGCUGGGACAAGGCAGUGACCCUCACACCAGGACAACGACAGAACCCUCAGAGGACAACAGGACCCCCUGGAGAAAGGUGUGACUCCCUGCAGCAGGACAUGGGAGCCCGGACUCGUGGGGAUAGUGCGGCCCUCGCAGCAGGACAACACCCAAAGAAAACAGCCCUGCCAGCAGCAGCACCACACAGCAACCCUAACAGCGAGAGCACACCGGAACGCUCCCGCUGGGACAAGGCAGUGACCCUCACACCAGGACAACGACAGAACCCUCAGAGGACAACAGGACCCCCUGGAGAAAGGUAGGGAUGACAUCUGUGGGCUAGAGAGCACCAGGAAGGGUUUGGAGGCUGAGCAGGUUUCCUUGAGUGUUUUUGCAGGACCAUUAGGCAUAUUUAGGGGAUUUUGUAAAGC